GUGGAUGGAAAAGAUGCCAGACGGGACAAACGUUUUUCGAAAUUCUCGCCUCGAAGAGCGAGAAGCCAAAAGGUUUGAAGCCGAUCGUCAACAGCGACGUGAGAAGCUUUUUCUUCAGGUACAAGAGGAGUUUGAAAAAGAAUCAGGGCAGCCAGGUUUGAUACUUUCAGUAAAAUCUGUGACCUUAUUUAAGCCCCUUUUAGACCCACACCGCUCGGCGCUAACGUUCCGUUGGUCCCUUAUAGACAGUCACAGAAAUUUACUGACGAGCGGAAGGCAAAAACUCUAGAAAUCUCUUUAACGGAAGUGCCCGUUAUACGUUGGAGUGGACUUCAAUUCUAUGAAAUAACCUAAAACUGCCUUCUUUAUUCCUUAUUCAUUGGUAUAUAUGUUCAAAAGCGAUGCCCAUAUCAUUAAUUUCGAAUAAAUUCUUGGCUUAACGUCCAGUGUUUAUUAUUAUUAUUUUGUUUGUUUGUUUUUUUUAUUUCAGACAUCGAGACACAAAGAACAACCAAAUUUCGUCGUCGAUCUUAUUCAUCGCGCGAUUUAAGACAGCUGAGUGACGGAAGGGAAAUCUACGAAGCUCUUACACGUGCGUCUGACCCCGACGCGGUAAAGGUGUGUGGGAUUGACCUAUAACUACCGUGAACUUCUUUUUAUAUGGAUACUAACUACAAGAUACUUUCUGUGUUCCCAACCGUCUUUCUCUUUUUGAGCGUGGCGGUGGAAGUAGAGGAGGGAGGAGGGAGGAUUUCGUCGAAUGUAAUCGCAAACAACCCUUUCCUCUCUUUUAGGAAUGUCUUGAUGAACGCCAAGUGACCGCUCUGGAGGAAUACCAGCGCUUGAUACAGGAAAAAAAAAGCGCCGAAUUACAGAGAAAAUUUGAACGAGUUUGGCGAGAGCAGGAGGAAGAGGUAACUGGUCCUUAAUGUUGAGAUUCAUAGCAUACUUCUAAGAGACGAAAAAGGGUAUUUUUCAACGAGUUUGCCUGUAAACUCCUUUGUGAGAGGUACGUAAAUAAACUAUGUAUGUAAUGACAUUAAAAUGAAAAUAAACAAUAAUAAUUAUGGUAAUAAUGAUAGUUAUAAUAAUAAUAGUUUUAAUAAUAAUAAUAAUAAUAAUAAUAAUAAUAACAAGUAAUAAUGGUAAUGAAAAUGAUGAUUAUGAUCAUCAUAAUAAUAACAGUAAUAAUAAUAAUAUUAAAUUGGUUUUCCCUCAGUGUCACUUGAAACGAAAUGUGGUCCCUCUACUGAAAGUUUGGAUUACUGACUACAGAUACCGUACAAAAGAAAGUAAGUGUUGAUCGAACUUAGAAUGAAUAUAAGGCUUUGAAGUAUCAACUGAUUAUCAGACACCAUAGGAGUAUUUGUAAAUUUGUGACAAAGUAGUUUACAAGAAGUAUUCAAAUCUCACAUUGCAUGAAAUACUGAAAAAUAACUCGUACCAUUUUCACUGAAAUGGUCAGUAGCAGAUUCUUCCUCGCUUCAAUAAUAGACCAUUCCCGCAUUCGUCACAAGCACGCGCGCGAAAACAUGAAAGUGAGGCUCGGGUGGACAAACAUCAAACAUGGCGGACAACACCGAGAAGCCUAAGGCGCAAACUGCGAAAGAUAUCCCGUGGUGUAAGUCUCUUAAAAGCUUGCCAGUGUUUACAAGGAAAGAGAUAGAUGAACACCAGAACAAUAGUGGCAAACGAAAGGCUGACGACGUUUCGAAGCCUAUUAAAAAAACCCUGAAGCGCGGCUUAAAAUUUCAAGAAGAACGGUAUCUUUCAUCAGACACAGUGUAUACGAAGGUAUUUGGUAACUCGUUUAUGGUAAAAGCAAAGUGUCGUGCCAGCAUGAGUACUCGAGAAAUUCACGAACUAGAAGUUUCACUCGAUGUAACAUCUGGGAAUGUACGGGAAGCACACUGUACUUGCAGAGCUGGCAAAAGUGGAUACUGUAAUCAUGUGAUGAGUCUUCUACUUGAACUCGCUCGUUACUCUUUGGAAGACUUUGACAGGAUACCCGAGGAAGCAGCAUGUACAAGUAUGUCAAGGAAAUGGGGUAUUCCAGGUAAAGUAUAAAUUGAUUUCAAUUAGCUGUAAGUACCUACCUGUACUUUUGGGCAGCUCACGCAAGUAGUUAACAUGUUCGGUUUUCGUCUGCUAGCAGAAGAAUUAAACUGAUAAUAGCAUAGGUCAUGCUGAAGCACGUCUUGAUAAAGUUGUAUGAUGUGUCUGAAAGUUUUGAAGUGACUUAAACAUUAUUCACAUAGUGAUCAAACUUUUUUCUGUUCUUGUUCUAAGGUGAGAAAGGUCUACCUAAAGAACCCAUAAUGAAGACAUCAGUUCAAAAGGAGUUAACGAACAAGGGAAUAAAACCAACUCUGUAUGAUCCAAGAGUCAAGGAAAGAAAAAGAUUAGACAUCCGUGGAGUUCAAGUAAUGCAAAAGGAAUUGGAAUCAAUUCAUCCUCUUAUUGGUUUUUCCCAUGUCAUCCCAAAAAAGCCUGAAUUGCUGACUAAUAUAGACACCAGGUAUGGACCAGUGGUCAUUGGAUCUCCCCUCUCUUUUCAUUUAAGUUCUUUGGAGUUCAAUUUCACUGUUGUCACUAACUUGGAACCGGCAGUUAACCCUGCUCAAGCAGAUUCAAGUGACAUUUACAAAGUAAGCUUGCCAUUCCAUUUCCCAGAUUUACCUGAAGCUGUUCAUUUCAGUACUGUGCAACAAACAUUCAUUGAACACUUAAGAGUAACUCACCAAGAAAGUAUUGAUAUUGAGAAAAGGACUGUUAAGCAAAGGGAAUGUGAUGAGUGGAUAAAACACCGCAAAAAUAGACUUGGAUCAUCUGUGUGUCACAGAAUAUAUGUAAGGAAACGAAGUUUCAAUAAUCUUGCCAAGGAACUUAACCAGCCAUUUAAGCCUCUAGAUGAAAUUCCAGCAAUUCAGCAGAGAAAGCUAAAGCAUGGCAUAAAAUUUGAGCCAGUUGCAAGAGAAAAAUAUUAUGAUGUCAUGAAGCACUAUUUGAAGAGGCCAAUUACCUUGAGAGAGACAGGAAUGGUGAUUCCCCCUUGCAUGUUUUGGCUUGAAGGCAGUCCUGAUGGUCUUGUUAUUGAUCCAUGUUCCUCAUCUGGGAAGAUAGGGACAAUUGAAAUGAAAUGUCCAGAGGGAAAGAAGAACCACACCCCAGAGGAGGCAAUGCAAGAUGAAUCGUUUUACAUUGAAUUAGUUGAUGGUAAACCCAACCUGAAGAAAGAUCAUCACCUAGGAUAUUACACCCAAGUCCAGCUAGUUAUGGGUUUCUGUGGUUUAGAGUGGCUUGACUUUGUAGUCUAUCUAUUUAAAGGGAUGAUCAUCACAAGAGUUCCAUUUAAUAAAGAUUAUUUUGACCAAGUAGUAUGUAAAGUAAACAUCUUCUAUGUAAAGUGGUUUCUUCCUCAGGUCAUGGCCUAAAUGCAGCUUAGUAUAUUGUGCAUUGUGCCUGAGCAAACGGUGACAUUACAACGUGUACCAGUUUUCCAUAGUAUCUAGCUUUUAGACUCCUGUUGAUGGGUGUUAGGGCUUCAAGGAUAAGGUUACUUUGCUCGUUGCAAUGUUAUUACAGUACAGUAAAAACCCACGUAUAAGAACCUAAAAUUUAAGAACCUGUUAGGCUAAAAUGUUUAUUUUAAACCCCCUUUUCAUAACAACCUAUUUAGCCUAAAAUUUUCAAUAGGUUAAUAUUUUACAAAAAUGAAACAGAUGAAAAUACGGAGAAAAACUUUUAGUCUAGGUUUCAGUCAGUAAGAUUCAAACAAUGAACUAAAAUGAAAACCAUAUCAUGUCUUUGCCAAUACUGGAUUACACAAUGCAAUAUUAUUAUUAAGAAUACAGAUCUCUAUCAUAUGCCCGAGAGUAGUUAUCUGUGCUGAUCACUAGUACCCCUAUCAAAAUUAAGAGCCUGUUUAAGAACCUAAGUAGCCCAGAAUCCCACUAAAUACCAUUUCUAUAAGAACCUAUUUAUGCUAAGUUGGAAAAAUCUAGGUUCUUGUAUGCAUAUUUUUACUGUAUUUUAUUGACAAUAUACGAGAAGGAGUAUUUCAUAGAAUUCUUAAAAAAGAUGACUUCCAUGACAAGAAUAUUAAAAGUAUUACAUGUUCAGCAAUUACUUAACAAUUUCUGUUCAAUUUCUAUGAGAGCAAUGAUUUGCGCAAUAAUCUCAAGAAAGGUACUGUUUGAAAAUCGUGGAAAUUCAAUUAUUGCAAAAUAUCAAUUAUUCUAAAAGGGAAAGUGUUUUCAUUGACAAAAGAAAUGUUAGUUAGUCUUGAAAAAGCGAAAAUUCAGCUUCGGUAUUUAUUCAUAAACCAACUUGAUCCUUGUAAAUCAUUGGGCACUUUGAAGGAAAUGAUGAUAAAACCAUAACAUUAUUAUUGCUUAAUAAGCGGGUCCAUAAAGUUACAUAGAAGACAAGCCACUGUCCAUAUUUGGUUUAUGGUCCCAUUCAUAUUUAGUGGAAUUUCAGUCUUUAAGACUUUAAAUUUCUUAAUGCGAGCAAUAAUACGUUCUACAUGGAUUCUAACAGAGGCGAUUGUUUGACUAAAUACAACAUCUUCUUUGUCAAGCUGCUCUUUGCCAUCAAGAAAUGCAGGUAUGUUUAACUUAACUCCUAGAGGGUCAAGUAAUUCCUGGAUUGUAAAUCCUCUGUCUGCCAUAAUUGAAUCCCCUUUCUCCCAAAGUUCUGGGUGUAGUAUACCACACCUGGAAACUAUUUCCUUAUCUGACAGCGAUCCAGGGUACAACUGACUCACAAAAGUUAUAGCUCCAGAAGGACUGAUGCCCACUAAAGCUUUGUAUGUUACAUGGUGCUUAUAGUGUGAGUAAAGGGCACUCUGUGUAGUUAGGCUAGAAGGCACUUGUACAAAGAUUUCUGUACAGUCAAUGAUACAUCUUGUUGAGGGAUAAGUGUCCUUAAAACAUAUUGGCAUGGAUGAAACAAUCUGAUCUUUAGAAGGCCAUAUGGGAAUAUUUCCCAAACAGAAGUACAAGUAAUUUGACCAGGUGAUCAAGUACCGGGAAAUGGUUGAUUUGCCAAGUCCAAAUAACCACGCCAGAUGUUUCUGUCCAAAUCCACACCUUAACCACACCAAAAACAUAAACAAUUGUUCAAUCACAUCCAAUUUAGGGCUCACACCAGGCUUACUUCCUUCAGUAAAUUUACAUUCAUCAGGUUCAUCUGACCCAUUCUUUGAAGGCUCAUAGUAUUUCAAAUUACUAGCAUUCUCACCAGGAUUUAAAAAUUGAAAAAGAAUGUCAAACUUAACUGGAUGAAAACCAGUGAAUGACUUGAAAACGUCUUCUUGUUCUCUGAUGUUCUUGGAUGUAAACUGUCCUUUUUCCAGUUUUUGUAUUUUGGCUUUCAGCUCACUCCAAUCUUUUUUCAACGUCACUUUUUUGUUUAAUCAAAAGUGACAAUUUAACCUCCAACUUUUCCACGACUCUUCUCAAAUAAGCGCAAUUUUCACAGGCCUCUGUCGGUCUUGCAUUGUCUUCAUUAAGCAACCUAGAGCUUAAAUAACAUGGUUCUGAUUCAGGCUGAAUAUUUUCUUCAUUUUGCUCAGAACAUCUCUUUUUUGGUAAUUUUCGAUUAGGUGUGCUCGCACUUUUAUUCCAGCUGAAAAUGGAAGGAAUAGUAGUCUUGUCUUUCAGAUCUUUCCUGCCACUGAACUGUUUUUUAAUUUCCUCAGGGCGAAAAUGUUGCUCACACACUUUAGUGUAUUCCGUCACAACAAAUCCGUCUCUGUUUUCUUGUCUUUUAAUUGCCAAAAGCCACCGAUUCCUACUUUUUGCCUCCAGAGGAAAAGAAAAAAAUGAAAUAUUAGUUUUUUCCCCCUGAUUGUUAUAAAAGGAACUUUUGCAACCAGGGACACAACAAUAUUUGCUACGGCCACCGCGCGAAGAAGUGAAGGUGUUGUCCGCCAUGUUUGAUGUUUGUCCACCCGAGCCUCACUUUCAUGUUUUCGCGCGCGUGCUUGUGACGAAUGCGGGAAUGGUCUAUUAAGCUACCUCUAUCAGCCUCAUAUGUAGCUCUAGAAGUGAAAUGGUUAAUAUUUGUCCAAAUCACAGAUGCCAUAUUGAGUAUUUGGCGACCAAGCGAAGAGGUAAUGCAACUACUGAAUGAGGGAUCUCGACUGAGGAUAUGCCACCUUACGGCAGCUGGUGUCAGGUAAAGCAAUUUUUAAGCUUGAGCUGUGUCACGCUAAUAAAUCAAGUUCCCCUUUUGGCGACUAAUCAAAAACUGUCUGAAAUGUAGAAAUAAGUACCAGCAAUACAUAGACAAAAGGAUUCACGCAUGGGUGAUUGCAGAAGAUUGAUUGAAGAUUAUGACUGGGGCUUUUGAAAACUGUUCUGCCUAAGUCAUCAGGGGGGUUUGCUAAUGACAACAUCGGCGACAACGAGUAUGUCAAAAAAGUAAUAGGUUAAUAGGCAAAACAGUGACUCGAACUCUGCAUCAUGAUUUUUUGUACAUUUCUUUGCGGCCACCACACGACGUCAACGUCAAUACCUUGGAAUCCUAUCGAGUCACCUUAAAUUACCUUGUACGACGUUUUACGGAGGUCGUAACUCCACACACGACUACGAGUUUUCGUUUGUCCUUCAAAACUUGCAUUCGGUCCCUAGGAAUUCAUUUCCAAGUAAAUUCACCUGCAUUUGACAAUUUAAGCAAAUGUAAGUGAUAAAAACCAUUACCUCAGCAUUUCCUAUUUGGCCACGAAUGGAAUAAUCGCUACUAAGUUCGUAAAACAAUGAUUCAAUAAAAUAAAUAAAUAAUAAAACAGCAACAACAAGUGACGUUUUGGCUGCCGUAUUCGUCGUUGUUACUCAAGCUCCCCAUUACCUGGGGAAACGGUUAUCUAUUGUAUUCAUUAUUAUACGUGACAUCUCAUAGUGAACAUACAACGAACAAGUGAUACUACUAAGUAAACAUAUGCAUCAUGGGCACCCUCAACUUAAACUGUAUACUCAUAAUAAGUUAUAUAACUCCAUAAAUUGUCGCGUACCCUCUCUUCUCAGGUGUCGACUAGGUGCCCAGGAAUUACAGGUACGUGGACAGUCGAAAAAACAUUAGACUUGGCUGCACAAAAAUCCUCAAGUAUUCAUAGUUGGCCUAACUUUCCGAAGACUAAAAUAAACUUGAUAGUCUAUUUAAGAUAUUGUACUGAUAACAUGACUUUGUAGAAAUCGAAAACGUCAUUGUAUAUACCAUUAUUUUGGUUUGAAAUGUAAACCUAGCGAUAUACAAUAUGAAGUGUAAAAAGUGCUAGUUAUCAGCCAAAUAGUUUUGCUUUGAAAGAGUCAGAUUGGGUGUCCAGGUUAGGUUUCUUUUUGGUAAUCAGCACCUUUUACCCUUCAUAUUGUCUUACACUUCAUAUUGCAUUUUUCUCUUUUAAUCACAUGCAACUAAACUUUCACACGCAACUCCCUAUAUAAUAAACUCAAGGAACUAAAAAAAUACAAGAAUUUGAAAAUAAUGACAUGGAGUCAUUGAAAAGUCAUUCAUUGCUAUCGCUAAUUUUCGUUCUCAAUUUCUUUUCUAAAGCCUCCGUUAUUAGAAAUGUAAACCUCUCUUCGCAUUAUACAGUUAAGACUUUUUCGUUCUUUAUUUUUCCUUUUUGUUAUUCUAAAUUGUAGUUGUUUUUUAUUUUUUUUGUGAGUGAGAGUUAGAAGGGGGAGUCGGGGAACCUUUGGGGCCGGUCAUUUGAUUCCAUCAAUUCGGUUAAUUAAAAUCGGUUAUAUAACUGUACUAAUAUUGGGUAUGAUUCAUUCAAGUUGACUGCAUCUAGGACGACCAGAUAUGAAGCACUACCCAUCGACGCGAAUGUGACGACUAGUUACUUCGCCCGCCAGGUAUGAACUCUUUAUUUCGCCCGGGCAAGCCAGUGGACGGGUCGUUUUUUUUUCAAAGUUGAUCUUGCCUUUAACCCUUUCACUGCAAGGAUAAAAGAAGGAGUCUCGUAACCUGGUUCUAACUUGUGAAUCUGUGGACGGAAUCCUGAGGUGUGACCAUUCAAAUGAAACCUCUUUUCCAGUACUUUCACAUUGUGCUAUUUAUUUUACAGCAUUUUACCAAAGUAAAAUUUUAAAGUUUCUUGAAAUUUCACUUUGGCCACUUUCGGCUGUGAAAGGGUUAAAUCAACCAGGGACCAGCCAUCCCUGUUCACCAUAGGCCUCGUCCACACGUAUCCGGAUAUUUUUUUAAUCUACAACGUUUUAGGCUUCCGUCCACACGUAUCCGGUUAGUCCGGCAUACGAAUCCGCAACUUUUUGAAUCCGCUCCCCAGCGUGGAAAUUUUUGAAUGAGCUAUGAAUCAGGAAUCAUGUGCACGGUAAAUCCGGAUAUAUAUAUAUUUUUCAUCCAGUCACGUAACUAGAUCGAGGCAGGUUCUUUACCGUGAAUAUUCAAGAUGGUGCCGAGCGCAAUGUUUCCGCCUAUCUACUUCUAAAACCUCAGUUUCAAGUCCUAUAACUUGUGCGCAGUUAAACUUGGCUAUUAUUACUGUUCACUUCAAUUAUGCCAAGCGGUGGCGAGGACAUUCUCAGGCUUCUUUCGAUGUCGGACGGACGAAUUGUAUGCCAAUAAAAAACGUAACUUAAAGGAGCAAACUAAUGCUUGAUGGGACAGUUUUUUCAGCGAAAACGUUUUUUUUUUUUUUUGCGGAAGAAUGGUGAGAACAAUUUCGCAUUAGCCCAGAUCACUUUUCAAACCAGCUGACGAAAUGAGAGUGCAUCCGCGUACUUGUGGAAGAGAAAGUUCAAUUUGAAUACGCUGUGUGUGGACGUGGAAAUUUUUGAAUCCGGAAAGAAAAAUUUGCGGAUUCAAAAAUAUCCAGAUACCUGUGGAAGGGACCUUAGAGAAGUGUCCAACUUAUAGAGAGUUGACCUGUUGUCAUCGUUUUUCUUGCAGGCCUGUUCUUUUGAUAAGCUGCGUAGUUGUUCGUCCCAGCUGUGUUCAGAAGUGGAUAUUGUUGGAGUGGUUGUUUUCUGUACUCCCCUUUCUUGUUUUUGCAACUCAAGGUUUGGUCAUCUCUUUAAGAGUAUGUUAUUAUCAUCAACAGCACCGUCGUCGUCAUUUUCAUCAUCAUCAUCAUAAUGGUCCUCCUCAUCAUCAUUAUCAUUAUUUUAUCAAAAUGAUGUUACGUUUAAUUUGACACUGUUAAAGAAAUGUAAGUAAAAUUAUCCGGGAAGUACUGUUUAAAAAGCGAGCAGGAGUGUAUUAUCAGGUUUAAAAGUCACACUGCAGAGAACACAGAAAUUGGCAUACAGAUAUGCUCACUUGCAUUGUAGCCGACGUGGUUACUAAAAUUUCCUGAAUCGAGUCAUUCAAAAAAAAGAAAAAAAAAAGACGGGGACUGAUGCUAUUGACAACUGUUAGGUUUUACGCUUGGCACAAAAGAAAAACCUAGAACGAACCAGGAGAAAAUGUGAUGGAACUACUCGACCAUGAACACCACUUCCACUUAAAGUAUUUACCGGUUUUGUUUUUGUGUUUUGUUCUAGUGUACAGACCGUGUAUAUAUCCGACGAUGAGAUGAAUUUAGCGGCAAUAAAGUUCUGGGGAGGACUUAAGGUAUUGACUUACAGUUUCUUCCUGUGACGCUGUUUUCAAAAAGAUGCAGCGGAAAGAAAAAAAUCGUUAAAAUCUAUUUUUAUUUGUUUACUGCUUUAUUUACUUCAAAGCUAUGUCGAAAUUCCAAAAGACAUAAAAAAAAAAUAAAUAAAAAUAGAAAUAUUGGUUAUUUAAGUUCCCUUGACUGAAAAUAAAUUAACGUGGUACUACCACGAAAAUUUUUGUUUUUGUUUCCGAGUUUUUUUAACAUAAGUCUUUUGUAUAUGUUCAAAAUUAUACAAAUAGCGAAAAACUGGAACGGUACUUGCGUACGGGGGCUGGAAAUUUCCCACUGAAAAGUGCGUAAAUACCGUCCGCCAUUACAAAGUUCGCAAAACAAUAGCCCGCGAGAUCUCCGCAAAGCGGUCGUGCGUUUGACCACGUGAUUUAUGCACUGUGACGUAAAACAUCAACCAAAAGAUUCGCAGUUGGGAAAAGUUUGUGAGUUUAGAGCCUUUUAACAAGAUGUCAUCUCCGUCGGAUUCCUCUUCCUGCACAUCUGAAAGUGAUCUAGAAAGUUUUACAGCUGACGAAGUGAUUGGGGAAUUGCCUGAAUUUGCGCCGUACGACGACAGUUGCGAACCCCUUGCUACCGAGGAAGAAGCCGCGGACUACAACGAAAGAGUUCAUCGCGAAGAAGAAGAGGAACAACAGUUUCAACGAAGAUAUUCGGGAGAGGUGCCAGCGAAUGAAUGGUAUGGUAUUAUCAUGAAAUGUAGAUUUAUAUUUUUAUUUUCCAAUUUCAACAUACUCGUCGUUAAAUCGUGCGCGUGGCGAACACGACUAUGUGUUUUGUUCGUUGCUAUGUGAUUAGCUGUAGUCCUGAUUUUAUGCGAUAGUUUUAUUAAAGCGGUCAGACAAUUAAUAAUUUUAUACAGACGUAUAUUUCUUGUGUUUGACGAAUUUUUCACAUUAUUUUGCAGGUGUUUGUGCUCGAACUGCUCUGUCAGCCUUGUUACAAAAGCUCAGGAGUGCAUUUGCAGCAAAGAGAUCGAUCGCUGCGAUGAGGUCAUGGAAGAAGCCACUGGAGACCGGACCGCAUGCAUAACCCUCCAUCCAGGGUUUGAAAACGUCUGCUUAAAUCGCCACGUAUUAGAAGUGGCUGCACUGGGCCUAAAAACGCGAGCUGGAAAGUCGUACACAACUGUUCGUGGGCAAAGCAACAAAAGUGAUGAUGAGUAAGUUGGGGUAUUGUUGACUUUGUAUCGGAACGAUCGAACCUUACAUAGCAUGGAAUAAUUGAUACAUCUAAGCUUAUAGCCGUGGACUGAUCUCAUAGAAUCACAUUUUUUAUUUUCUAAGUGGCUUUAUUGCCCCGACUGCUUAUUUUUAAAAGGAGUAUUUAUUCAUCUCCAUCCAAUCCCUCCUUGAAUUAACAGUGAUCUCAAUUCUCUAACUAGAUUCCUGAGGUCUGUGGCCUAUCGCCAAUUUACAAGACUGCUGUGGAAUUAUAUUGGUAGUUCCAGGCGAUACCCCUUGCCCUGUUGUGCCUACAAUAAAAUCAGGAAACAAUUUCCGAGUCAAAAUGGCCAUUAUCGUGGAUUCGAAGAUGAAGAAAAUGAAUAAUAAAUGCACUGUUUGUUCUUGAAGAGUGUCAUGUAUGCCACUGGGGCCAAGAAGGACCUACAGUAGUUGCUUGAAUACUUUUGCGUAAGCACUUAAUUUUAUGGGGAAACUUCAGAAUUCUCAGCCACUUACUCGCUUUUUGUUGAAUGACAAACUUGCCCACUGUGUGAAGCCCUGUUCUUCCAGCGUUCAGUUAAACUCAAGUUUAGUGGUUGGGAAUUCUGAUGUUGCUCCAAUUUUCAUGUACACAAGUAAUAAAAAUUAAAUCGAAUUCAGCCUGAAUUUAAUUACAGUUUUAAUGUAUCUUUUAAUUUCUUUCUUUUCACUCGGCUUAAAUUUCCACAAUUCGAUCAUUCGUCCUCAGCCAUGUCACAUUGCCCUCUUUUGUGCCCAAGUCUUCUUUUGCCACAUUUAGAGCAGCGAGGAGGUCGUCUGCCACUGUUAGAUGUCUGCCGAGUUUGUCUCCCUGAAUCAUCUGAUGUCACCUGAAUUUCAUCCUCUAAAAUUUAAACCAUACAUACAUUGGGAGUAAAGUAGGAUAUACCAAGGCCACACAUUUUAGAUAAUUACUCAAGAGUAGAAUGCCAUUUAAUAACUCAUUUUCUUACCUGGGCAGGUUGGAGGGCAAAGAACCGUUGUUUCCUCUUUUCUUGUCUGGUAUUUUGAUAUGGCGUCUUCUCUGCUUUCUCUGUCCAACAUGGUGUUUAUAUGUUUUUUCCUUGUAGAUCCAACCUGUAAAAAAUGAUUGAAAGGAAAUACUCAUUUAAUCAUAGCAUCUGAAAUAAUAAAAUGACAAUAAAAAAAAUGAUUAUCAUUUUUAUUGUUUUUCUCAGAGUGUUGCCAGUUUUUGAACUUGUUGUAAACCUGGCUAAUUGUGGGUUGGGAUUUUAUUCUCACAUCCAUCCAUCUGUUGAUUGCACACAUGACAACUUUGAGCCCUUAAGCUAUCUAGCCCACCCCAAUGAUGCAUAAUUUAUUACAAGUGGUUGAGUGGACAAACCAAACAUUUUUAGGCCUGGGACUUCCAGUCUAUGGGCUGGCUAUGCCUUUUUUUUUUUUUUUUUUUGGCAAUUCUUAUCGGAGUAAAUUAAAAAACAAAUUUCAUGUACUCUUGGGCGCUUUCCAUUUACGAAAAAAACUCGGAAAUUUCGGUGGUAGCAAAAGUGGAAUUUCCGAUUGGUAAAAAGUUGUUCCAUUUGGUCGUAAACCCCGGUACGUGGCGCGGUGCCCGACCGUGGACCUGGAACUGGUACAAACUACGAGAAACGUAAAUGGAACACGACAUUCCGUUCGGAAAUUCCAACCGGGAAAACGGGACCACCUUUUUAGAUUUUCCACUUUUUCUGGGAAUUUUCCAGUGGGACGAACCGACGAAACGUGUUCCAUUUACCGCCGAACCGGAAAUUCCGGAAAUUUUGACUAAAUGGAAAGCGCCCCUUGUUUCUAAAUAGAUCCUCUCAUACUGGAAGUUAGUUUUAGGCCUAAAUCACUUCCCAAAGAAUGCUUAGAGCUAAGAUGUUAAAAUGCAGUAAAUUUUGCAUCUUUGUACCUUGGGGUCUGAUGAGUCUUCACCGAGUCAUCAUCUUCCUUUAGUUUUUUAUAUGCAUCUUCGAUUUCUUCAGGACCCCAUGUAGGGUCUUCAUCACACUCAAACUCCUCAUACGCAUCGUCCUGCAUUUCCCGCUCAUCUUCUGAUUCAUCCUCUAGCGCUAACUCUGUCUCAUUUGUUACUGGCCAUGGAUCAGUUUGAAUAGCUUAAACAAAUGGAAUUAAAAAAAUUAUAUCACCAUUAAAAUUUUAAUUAUUAUUAAAUAAUUAAAUAUUGAUGAAAUAUAAUAAUAAUAUAAAGAUAAGCAGUUAUGCCUAUAUGACUCAUCAACAUCAAUUAUUGUUGACUCACCAGCAUUCACCAUCAGCAACUGCUUCGGCUCUUGUAUGCUCUUAAAGGUUUCAACCCACUGAUCUUGAUUGGAGAUUAACUUACUCUUCAGUCUUGUGACUUUGCCCCUUAACUGAGUCACCUCACUCCUCAGGUUUUUGCAUGUUGUGCAAUUCCCAGCAUGUCCAGUUGGAGUAUCCUACAAAAAACAAACUUUCAACAUUAAUACAGGCUGUAAUAACGAGACUUUAGAAUUUUUGUGUUUUAGUAUUGCUGUAAAAUAACUGCACAUGUAGUUUUCCAUUGUUAUGAUAAUACAAAGAUGCAAAUAAACAUUAAUUAGAGUUGUGCGCCUACCAUAGAAACCUGUUCAAGUUCAGGAAUCGUUAAUGAUUCAUCAAUCUGCAUAACUUCAUCCAUAUCCAGCACUUUUCCGAUUCCCUCAGCCUCCAGGAUCUGCAUGGUCUCAGUAACCUUAUCAGUGCCUGAAAUUCCUUGGCUCUCGAGAGCUGUCUUAUCACCAGGAGUACCUAGGACCUCUGAAGCCAUCUCGGCAUCAACACUUAUCUCACCCGUCUCAGUCUCAGGGAUGCAGCCCUCCUUUUCAGGAUUUACCUCAAGCAAAGAACCCUGGCUUGUAUUCAGAACACCCUCGACUUCUGGAGACCCCUCAGGGUUGAGAUUGGGAGCCCCCAUAGUGUCAGCACUCUCCUCAGGUGCAGAACUUCCUUUCAAAGAGAUCACCUCUUCUUCAGGAUUGUCUUCUUCCUCUGUAUCCUCAUUAGUAGUUUGACCAGCCAGAAUUUCAUUUAAUAGCUAAAAAUGAAAGUAGGUACGACCAUUUUUUAUAUCUCCCCUUCAAAACAAGUUUAAAUUUGAGCUUUAUGUCGAUGUUUUCAAACUAGAAAUGGAAGCAAGGUUUAACCAAAUCUUUGCCUUAAAAUGUACGCAUCAUUUGCAGACAGUGAAAAUAGAAUUAAAAUACAAACGGAAAAAAAAACCCGCAAACAGUAACUGAGCUUAUAGAAUGUAGAAAUCAGACUAAGUCCAUAUUUGGUCGUUUUAAAAGACUCGCGGGUACCGGGGUAACUCUUAAUUUGCUGGAAGAUUUCUUGGAGGGAAGUUUGGAGUACUGUCAAAUCUCAAAGUAACAGCAAGAUAAUCUCUCAAAAAAUAGAGAGCCGGAUUUCUAUGUAGCUUCACUUUUUCUAAAUUUUACGCUUGAGUGGAAAGGUCUGGGAAUUGGGGAAUUGACUUCACGUCCACUCAGCGCAAAUACCCAUUUUUGCGCAAAUGCCCGUUUUACUAUAACUAUGAGAAGAAAGCAGAAAAGUAUCAAAACACAUGCAACAAUAUGGGAAGUCCAAAUAGUCAGAGCAUUCAUUACACGAAUAUUGAACAACGAUGCCAGAAAAAAUCAUGUCACAGGUAAAUGAGGAAAUAAAUAUAAUGGUGAUAAGCACAGCGCAAAUACAUUGUAAUUUCACUCUCCGAUCGUCGACUCCGCUUUGAUAGUGUUUGAGAGAAUUUUUUCCAAAUGGUUGGAAACGUCCCCUUCUUCAAAUUCCUUUUCAUGCCUUUCAUCGGAAAAGAAAAGCAAGCGUAAAACAAUCCCUUGUGAAAUGCUCCGAGCACACAGCAAAUUUUCCCACUGGGUUGAAAUCCUUCCGAUGAAUGGACACGAACCUUUUCCACUUUAAUCUAACGCUGCCCGAAUCAGGAGAAUUAUGAAUAGAAAUCCCCAAUUCAUCGUUCUUUACGUUUCCACAGUCCUGAACAACACAACGUCUACCAGGCAUACUUUCGCUUUAAGUCAAAAAAGCGAAGAAAGAACCUCCAAAAGCUUCCAAAAAUAUCUCGUCCUACAUGCGAAAUUAGCCACGUUUGUUUGCCUUGUUUUGCCGCGUUGAUGUUUCUACGUCACAUCUCGCCCCAACUCCUUCAAAUACUACUCCCGGUCAUUUUUUGAAUCGAGUAAUGCACCUAUCAAAUUCCCCAGGGUGGGAAACGAAAGGUCAAUCAAAAGUGUCAAAAAAGCCCCCACCCCAGGGGAAAAAAUCUAAACAAACAAUGCUAUAGUACUAUGUAAAACUAAUAAAAGAACAUUUCAAACACGUUGUUACUACUUUUAUUUACGGUUAACGGAAGCUCCAUUAAAUUACUCGCUGUAAUUAAGUAUUUUCUCUCUCCACUAGCAUCUCUUAUCUUGAACAACAAAAUCACUCCAGGAAGAUUGACCGUGCUAUAUAAUAUUAAUAAAACGUAAAAUGCUUUAUAACAUCUGCUCAACAUGUCGGAACAGGUCGGAUCAGUGACCCAUAAAAAAUCCUCUGACUUUCAUGGUGGAAUUCGAUUUCAAUCGAGUUUUACAAUCAGAUGGGAACUUGAAGAUAAAAACUUUCUCAAAAUAGACAUUAUCUGUUUAGAUGACAGUGUAAAGUAUCGGAUUAUGGCAAUUAAAACAAAUGAAAACUUCAUACCUUUCUCCAACAGCGUGACUUUCAGGAAGCAUCGAGGAACGGACUUGGUAACUGCUUCUGAAUUGAUACCAGGCUUCUGUCGGUCAAAGUCAAAUGUCCCGACCCGGGGGUCGCCUCGCACGAUCAAAAGCCCGACAGCGGGGAUAGUCCCAGGCAUCAAAUCCCUCCCUUGCCCGCCCCCCACGGGAUUUACAUUGAUAGGUCCAUAAUGGCGGCAAGACAUUUACGAAAAUUGCCGUGCAAAUAAACACACUUCCAGAUCAUAUUUGGACUCCAAACUUGGCACGGUAAGUCACUUUUACAUACAUUUUCGAAAUAUGUAAUCAAAAACGAAUUCCCAAAUUUGAUCGUAGUAGCACUUUAAGUGAUUGUAAACUACCGUUCUUUUGGCAUAACAGACGUUUCCCGCAUUACGCUCCAGUGAGCAAACAAAGAAAUGAGGACGAGGCUCGGGUGGACAAUUUCAUACAAAUCACUGUAUUUUGUCCACCCGAGCCUCGAAUUGGUGCCUUUGUUUACAGGAAUGCGGAAAAGGUCUAUUACGUGUGGGGACAAUUGAAAUCAGCCUCUCUCAACGCCCACGAACCUCUUCCCCCCUUCCCCUUCCCCCCUUUCCCCUGCCAACCCCUUAUAUCCUUCCCACCCAACAAGGCUCCCCUUCAUAAAUAAGUACAUAAAUAAAUAAAUUAAAUAGUAAAUGCUGUGAACCUUACCCCAUCGUCUUCCCCAAAUUAUUUUAAUGUAUUUUGACCAUGUAACUUUAAAAAAUCAUAUCUCUGGUGUUAUUUACAGUUCAAGAUCAAGCUAUACCUCAUUGGAAAGGGAAAAGAAUACCCUUUCGAAAAAAAAAAUUUUCGGUCGUAGGAAACCCAUAAUAUUCCGCCACAAAAAAAUUUAAAAAGCAUAUUUUGCAUAAAAAUUUUUUAAAAUUUUAAAGAAUGUCAUUCAGCUAGGAAACUUCUUUAUUUUGGGUGAUAUGGUAGUAACAAAUUUUUUUCAUCAAUAUCUAAGCAAAAACAAACGAAAAUCGUUCUAAAACAUCGAGCGACUAGAAAUUUUCUACAAAUUUUUUUCUGCACGCUCUCUUGAUUAUGCUAAUUUUAUUAUCGUAAUUAGCAUAAUCCUUUGGCGUCACCUCGUGAAUACAUGUUUACUUCACUUAGACGAUGUUUUAGAUGUUUCCUCGAUUCCCAAAGAAAUAUCGAAUUAGAGACAAGCAGACAUGAAUUUGCUGAUAGAAUUCAUCAAAAUAGGCAAGAAUUUGACGGCGAAAAGCGAAGCGAAGGCAAAACUCUGGCACAGAGUUCGGCGAUCGGCGAUUUGCAUGCCCAGAUUCUAAGUGUUUCCUUACUUCAAUGUUCGCGUUUAUUUUGCUUGUUAUCCUCCAAAAUCCUUCACAAUAGUUUGCUUGACUUGUAUUUGGUUGACAUUCGUCGAUACAAGCUUGCAUUCUUCGCAAAACCGGCUCACAAAAAUUCUCCGCGACUCGCCAUAAAAUUCAAAAUUUUCGAAAGCUCGGUGUGUCACGGUCAAAAGUCCUCAGGGGCUGGAACUAGGCAGGUGAUUGGCUACAUCUAUUAACUUCCUUUGUGCCAAAUUUGGGAGCAAUCGGAAGUAACGCAAUUUUUUGCGAAUCUUUUUCCGGUUUAGGUCUUGGGAGACCUAUUUUGCCAGGGGCGGAAGACGACGAGGUAAAUUACUCGCUCAUACCAUGGUAUAUUUUUUCCACAGGCGGUGGCUGUUGACGAUCUGGUCAAGCCUCGCAACUUCAUCUGUUUCAGCAACCUAACUGUCAGAUCAGAUGAUCGGCUUCAGUGUCCAUCCUUGUCAUUUGGUGAACUGUCGUUCCUAACUCUUAAACCACGAGAACCGCACUUGCGUGCUGCAUUGGACAAUCUACAGCAUAAGAUACCGGUUCGUACAUUGUUCCUAUUUUCCACAGUUUGUGGAACUUCACUCUGCAUCAAUUUCAGCCUGGCUUAAACACUGCAUAGCGUUAACUUGUGCUCUGCAAUUGAAAUUGAAUGAAUGCAAAAUAAUAUACAUUCAAAAGCAGUUGACAUUUCCUUAAAGAAUUAGUUGAGAGAAUUUGAUAACAGAUCAAAGUAUUUUCCCCUUGCACAUAACCUUUUCUCUUGAUGAUGUAUGAAACAUGUUGGGAGAAAAUUGAUGUUGGUCACUCUUGGGACUUUCAGGCUUAACUUUCUCUUUUUUCAACCGUUUCAGGAUUUAAAUCUCUUCAUGGCCAAUGUUCAGGGGACGUUAACGACUAUCUUACGCCUGCAGCGCAUGUCUCCAUCAGCUGAUGUACAAGUUACUACCGUGCGCAUGUAUGGAAAAGCAACACAUAUGUGUUCUUCCAUGAUGGAGCGAGCAAACCAUACGAAGAGGAAACCCUCUGAUGCCUUAAAUACGCCAUAUUAUAACAAAAAAUUAAGCAGUUCCUAA